GCUUGCAAAGAAGUUGAAAAGUGAACCACUCAAGUCAGACUUUACAAUAGAUUUAAAGCAUGAGAUUGCCUUGUAUAUUUGGCAGAAAGGGGAAGGACCACAUCUUACUCCAGUGCCUGAGUUCUGCACAGAUGAUGUGAACUCAUAUAAGGCUGAUCAUUGUGCAACAACAUUCAGUAAUUUUCUGCCACUUUGUGGAGAGCCAGUGAAAAAAGAAGAUGUUUUUGUUGCUGUAAAAACAUGUCAGAAAUUUCAUGGUGACAGAAUACCAGUCGUGAAGCAGACUUGGGAAAGAGAAGCUGCCCUUAUUGAAUACUACAGUGAUUAUGCAGACAUCUCCAUUCCUACUAUAGAUUUAGGUGUACCUAAUACUGACAGAGGUCAUUGUGGGAAAACAUUUGCCAUUUUGGAAAGGUUUUUGAAUCAUAGCUCUUCCAGAACUCCUUGGUUGGUCAUAGUGGAUGAUGACACACUGAUAAGUAUCUUCAGGCUCCAAAAAUUGCUCAGCUGCUAUGACCCAAAUGAACCAGUAUUUCUUGGAGAGCGUUACGGUUACGGCUUGGGAACAGGAGGAUAUAGUUACAUCACUGGCGGAGGAGGGAUGGUUUUCAGCAGAAUAGCUGUUCAGAAACUACUUGCUAGUAAAUGCCGGUGUUACAGCAUGGAUGCGCCUGAUGAUAUGGUCCUUGGGAUGUGUUUCAGUGGCUUAGGAAUCCCGAUAACACAUAGUCCACUUUUCCAUCAGGCAAGGCCAAUGGACUACCCAAAAGGCUACCUUUCUCACCAAAUUCCAGUAUCAUUUCACAAGCAUUGGAAUAUUGAUCCAGUGAAGGUAUAUUUCACAUGGCUGGCACCAAACACAGAAGAGCCACUUAAUGGAAAGAAAGUCGGAUAUAACAGAGAGGAUUUAUAAGCAGUAGAAUGUAAGUGUUGAUUGAUGUACUGCAGAGGAGACAGUCACUACUGUGAUUUUUGUGUUGUUGUUGCGUUGUUCAUCAUCU